AGCUCCGCGCAUCCCACCCUGGGAGUUGUAGUCUCCUGCCCCUCGGAUCCAAUGGCAUCCUCAGUGUGUGAACUCUGUUACCCAGAAGGCCUCGCAAGACCGCUACCGAAGCUAGAAUUCCUCGGUUAAUCGUUCUCUCCUGCAAUUAGCGGAACCUGUUAGCGUGGCCCACAAGGCUCAGCGGGUCUCCGCGAGGCUAGCUGGUAAGUAAGAGGAGCUUCGGUCAACUGCCACCUGGACUACGGCGACAGGAACCCUCAGAUUCGUUGCUACCCCAAGGUCCCUGCCAUGCCUCACAUCGACAAUGACGUCAAACUGGACUUCAAGGAUGUCCUGUUGAGGCCCAAACGCAGUACCCUUAAGUCUCGAAGUGAGGUGGAUCUCACAAGAUCCUUUUCAUUUCGGAAUUCAAAGCAGAUGUACACUGGGAUCCCCAUCAUUGCCGCCAAUAUGGAUACAGUGGGCACCUUUGAGAUGGCCAAGGUUCUCUGUAAGUUCUCCCUCUUCACUGCUGUCCAUAAACACUACAGCCUUGAGCAGUGGAAAGAGUUUGCUAGCCAGAAUCCUGACUGUCUUGAGCAUCUGGCUGCCAGCUCAGGCACAGGCUCUUCGGACUUUGAGCAGCUGGAACAGAUCCUGGAAGCUAUUCCCCAGGUGAAAUACAUAUGCCUGGAUGUGGCCAAUGGCUAUUCCGAACACUUUGUUGAAUUUGUAAAGGAUGUGCGGAAGCGCUUCCCUGAACACACCAUCAUGGCAGGAAACGUGGUAACAGGAGAGAUGGUGGAAGAGCUGAUCCUCUCCGGGGCUGACAUCAUCAAGGUGGGGAUUGGACCAGGUUCUGUGUGUACCACCCGGAAGAAGACUGGAGUGGGGUAUCCACAGCUGAGUGCAGUGAUGGAGUGUGCAGAUGCUGCUCAUGGCCUCAAAGGCCAUAUCAUUUCUGAUGGAGGCUGCAGCUGUCCCGGGGAUGUGGCCAAGGCUUUUGGGGCAGGGGCUGACUUCGUGAUGCUGGGUGGCAUGCUGGCUGGGCACAGUGAGUCAGGUGGCGAGCUCAUCGAGAGAGAUGGCAAGAAGUACAAGCUCUUCUACGGAAUGAGUUCUGAAAUGGCCAUGAAGAAGUAUGCUGGGGGUGUGGCUGAGUACAGGGCCUCGGAGGGAAAGACAGUGGAGGUGCCCUUUAAAGGGGAGGUGGAACAUACCAUUCGAGACAUUCUUGGAGGCAUCCGCUCCACAUGUACCUACGUGGGAGCAGCUAAGCUGAAGGAGCUGAGCCGGAGAACUACCUUCAUCCGUGUCACCCAGCAGGUGAAUCCGAUCUUCAGUGACGAGAGCUAGACCCCAGCAGUUCUGCCCUCCCAGGGUGCCAGCACCCCACCACAGGGCUGCCAAGUGGGCCCCUGCCCCAUCCUGGCUUCUAUGGCUAUUACUCGGUCACUUCAUAUCCUCUCUCUCUCCCGAGGGCUCCGGCAGUAAUUCUGUAAUUCUCUGUCUGCACACGCAAAAUGCCCAGGGCACUCCCUGGGAGGAAGCAAGGAAGGGAGGCUGGGAAAAAUGAAGUAAGGUAAUCAAAUGGGAAUCUGGGGACCCAGCAUCCUGAAGAUUAUUAAGAGGAAAAGAUGCUAAUUCAUACGUAAUUGUUCUGUUUGGCCCUGGUCUGAAAGAGGUAGGCUUUUGGAAUCAUGUUUUGUUAAUCAGAUUUUAUUAAACAGGAUCUUUGAAUAGCUACCAAGCUCAGAAGUGUUUACAUAUUUAAAAUACCUCAAUAAAGCGAGAUCCCAAUGCCU